GGCCGCCCAAUCUCUGCAUAUCACUCAUUAUGUCCGUGUUCCGAACGUCAUACCUGGAAAGGGCAAACCAGGUGGUAGUUGUGUUGGGACUGGUGUUGAGCACCAGUUGUCUGGUGAUGCGGAUUUACACAAAGACUGCUGUAAUGAAGAGAUUCUGGUGGGAUGACGUUUUCAUCAUUGUGGCCUGGACAUUUGCUGCUGCCAUCCAAGCGACCUUACUUUAUGGAUUCAGCCACGCUGGGGUCGGCAUCCACAUGACAGAGUUGUCUCCCUCGACCCUGGUAGCUUUACAAAAGACUGUUAUAACCGCCUCAAUUGUUUACCUCCCUUGUCUCGCAUUCGCAAAGCUCGCCUUGCUUAUGCUGUACUAUAGACUCCUGUACACAGUCAAAGCGUGGGUAUACACACUCUAUCUCGUGGGAUUUGUGGUUGUUGGAUACACGAUAGCACUAACUGUGGUGCUCAUCUUUCCCUGUGACCCCAUCGAGAAGAACUGGAAUCCGUUGAUUCUCGAAGGGUCUUGCAUUGAUCGAAACGGUGCAUACCUCGCGACCGCCGCCGCGAAUACUGCCAGCGAUAUUGUAUUGCUACUGAUUCCCAUUCGAGUGAUCUCGAAGCUUCAAAUGCCGCUGAUGGAGAAGUUGGGUGCCUUUCUCAUGUUUGGCAUUGGUUCUCUGACGAUUAUCAUGAGUAUCGUGCGGCUGGCGACCCUAUGGCCACUGAUCACUUCUCAAGAUUUUUCGUACCACCUCGCCCUCGUCUGUACAUUCGUAAACCGAGAAACCGCAAUUAACUGUAAUGGACCAUAUCGUCCACACCAAGCGGAUAGCAACAUUGAAGCGAAUCUCAUCAUAUUAUGUGCCUGUCUACCCUUUUUGCGCCAGCUCAUUCGCCAUUUUGCACCGCAGUGGACACCGCGGGGGCGGCACUCCCGGAAUCCUCGAAGCUCGUCGUCGACUUCAACUCCGGGCAGAAUCUUGCGGGGUGGACCUCGAGCUGAUGCCGUUGUGGCGGAUCUUGAGAUCUCGAGUCUAAGUCAGGCCACGGUGCAGGAAGGCUUUUGGCACACAGAGGGUUCUUGA